CUCUUCCGAAGCACGUCGGCGAUGGCGCUGCAGCUGUGGGAGACCCUCAAGGGCUCCAUCGUCGCCUACACCGACCUCUCUCCGGCGGCCUUCUUCACCGUCGUCGCCCUCAGCCUCGCCGUCUACUACGUCGUGUCCGGCCUCUUCGGUUCGUCCUCCGACCACCACCAGCGGCCGCGGGACUUCCAGGAGCAGAUGCAGCCCCUACCCCCGCCCGUCCAGCUCGGCGAGAUCUCCGAGGAGGAGCUCCGGCAGUACGAUGGCGCCGACCGCAAGAAGCCACUCCUGAUGGCCAUCAAGGGGCAGAUCUACGACGUCUCCCAGAGCAGGUACGCCGCCGGGCCCCCUUGUUUUUGGGCCGCGUUGGAUGAAAUCGUUACGCGCUCGUCGCGCGGUUCCGGUCGUUUUGCCUGCGGCGGCCGUGGGUUGCCGGAUCGGAUCGUCGCUGCGUCGGGAUGAACUUUACUCAA